CUAAAGAUGCAACACCUAACUUUGUUUACAGGACUGUCGAAAACACAGAUAUUUGAGGUUGCAGAGCACUUAUAUAAUUAUUGCUAGUUAUGCCGUAUGUACAAGUCGGACGAACACAUUCUUUUCUAGGAAAAAGACUAUGGGAAAUUCUAUGCAGCUUGCAGGACUUUGGCGUUGGAAGGAUGGUUGUUCGAAGCCGCUUAGAGAGAUAUCCUGAGGUGAGCUACUUCAGGAUUGUCAGUGCAGAGCCCCAGAUGGACCAAGGCAGACCACAUAUGGAUGAGGACAAUAUGCGAGGCAAAGUUCUUGCAGAACAAAUAUUUCGAGGAAAGAACAUGGGCAUUGUGAACUUAUCAAAAACCUCCUACAAAACAGAUUUCCGGCUAAUACACAAGCACGAGGAAGCGAAAUAUUUACAAAAAGCUGAAGAAUCUAUACCUUGCGAUGUUAAAAUUUUUCCACAGACUAUGGAAAUGCCUCCCCUUCUUAAGAUGUUUGCAGAGAGAGAGGGACACUCGGCAACCACUCUAAAAGUCAAUAUGAAUGCCAGCAAGUAUAAUAAUAGUCGCAUUGCCAAGGAUGGAGAGACCCCUAAUGUUAACCUUUCCAUUGGCUUAGGAUCUCCUGCAAGCCCAGAGCUUUAUGAAGGGGUCUUGUAAAAGUAAACAUACAAGAUGUUUAUUUUAAAAUGUAUAUAUUUGGUACAUAAGUUUCAUUCAGCUAAUACAGCCCUAUUCAGUAGA